CCCAGCCAAUGCUGAGCUCAGUCUGCGUCUCAUCCUUCCGCGGGCGCCAGGGGUCCAGCAAACAGCAGCCGGUGCCGCCGCCGCAGCCGUCCGAGUCCCCGCUGCCGCUGCCCCCGCCGCCACCGCCACCGCCACCGCCGCUGCUGCAGCAGCAGCAGCAGCCUGCGCAGCCCGGCCCCGCCGCGUGCCCGGCGGGCCCCCCGGCACCCCGCGGGCCCGGGGGCCGGCGCGCCGAGCCAUGCCCCGGGCUGCCGGCGGCGGCCAUGGGGCGGCACGGCGGCGGCGGUGGCGACAGUGGCAAGAUCGUGAUCAACGUGGGCGGCGUGCGCCAUGAGACGUACCGCUCGACGCUGCGCACCCUGCCGGGGACGCGGCUGGCCGGCUUGACGGAGCCCGAGGCGGCGGCGCGCUUCGACUACGACCCGGGCGCCGACGAGUUCUUCUUUGACCGGCAUCCGGGUGUCUUCGCCUACGUGCUCAACUACUACCGCACUGGCAAGCUGCACUGCCCGGCCGACGUGUGCGGGCCGCUCUUCGAGGAGGAGCUCGGCUUUUGGGGCAUCGACGAGACCGACGUGGAGGCCUGCUGCUGGAUGACCUACCGGCAGCACCGGGACGCCGAGGAAGCGCUCGACUCCUUCGAGGCACCCGACCCCUCGGGCGCCGCCAACGCUGCCAACGCCGCGGGCGCCCAUGACGCGGGCCUGGACGACGAGGCGGGCGCGGGCGGCGGCGGCCUGGACGGCGCGGGCGGCGAGCUCAAGCGCCUCUGCUUCCAGGACGCUGGCGGCGGCGCCGGGGGCCCGCCAGGGGGCGCGGGCGGCGCGGGCGGCACGUGGUGGCGCCGCUGGCAGCCCCGCGUGUGGGCGCUCUUCGAGGACCCCUACUCGUCGCGGGCCGCCAGGUAUGUGGCCUUCGCCUCCCUCUUCUUCAUCCUCAUCUCCAUCACCACCUUCUGCCUGGAGACCCACGAGGGUUUCAUCCACAUCAGCAACAAGACAGUGACGCAGGCCUCCCCGAUCCCUGGGGCUCCGCCGGAGAACAUCACCAAUGUGGAGGUGGAGACGGAGCCCUUCCUGACCUACGUGGAGGGUGUGUGCGUCGUCUGGUUCACCUUUGAGUUUCUCAUGCGCAUCACCUUCUGCCCAGACAAGGUGGAAUUUCUCAAGAGCAGCCUCAACAUCAUCGACUGUGUGGCCAUCCUGCCCUUCUAUCUGGAGGUGGGGCUCUCGGGCCUCAGUUCCAAGGCCGCCAAAGACGUGCUGGGCUUCCUGCGGGUGGUCCGCUUUGUCCGGAUCCUGCGCAUCUUCAAGCUCACGCGGCACUUCGUGGGGCUUCGCGUGCUGGGCCACACUCUCCGCGCCAGCACCAAUGAGUUCCUGCUGCUUAUCAUCUUCCUGGCGCUCGGUGUGCUCAUCUUCGCCACUAUGAUCUACUAUGCUGAGCGCAUUGGCGCUGACCCCGAUGACAUCCUGGGCUCCAACCACACCUACUUCAAGAACAUCCCCAUCGGCUUCUGGUGGGCCGUGGUCACCAUGACAACCCUGGGCUACGGAGACAUGUACCCCAAGACGUGGUCAGGGAUGCUGGUGGGGGCGCUGUGUGCCCUGGCUGGGGUGCUCACCAUCGCCAUGCCUGUGCCCGUCAUUGUCAACAACUUUGGCAUGUACUAUUCGCUGGCCAUGGCCAAACAGAAGCUGCCCAAGAAGAAGAAUAAACAUAUCCCCCGGCCCCCGCAGCCAGGCUCGCCCAACUAUUGCAAGCCCGACCCACCGCCACCGCCCCCGCCCCAUCCUCACCACAGCAGCGGCAGCAUCAGCCCUCCACCACCCAUCACCCCGCCCUCCAUGGGGGUGACUGUGGCAGGGGCCUACCCACCAGGGCCCCACACGCACCCCGGGCUGCUCAGGGGGGGAGCGGGUGGGCUCGGGAUCAUGGGGCUGCCUCCUCUGCCUGCCCCUGGGGAGCCUUGCCCGUUGGCUCAGGAGGAAGUGAUUGAGAUCAACCGGGCAGAUCCCCGCCCCAACGGGGACCCUGCAGCAGCUGCGCUUGCCCACGAGGACUGCCCAGCUAUUGACCAGCCCGCCAUGUCACCAGAAGACAAGAGCCCCAUCACCCCCGGAAGCCGGGGCCGCUACAGCCGGGACCGAGCCUGCUUCCUCCUCACUGACUAUGCCCCUUCCCCUGAUGGCUCCAUCCGGAAAGCCACUGGUGCUCCCCCACUGCCCCCCCAAACUGGCGUAAGCCAGGCCCCCCAAGCUUCUUGCCCGACCUCAACGCCAACGCUGCAGCCUGGAUAUCCCCCUAGUGGACGAACCCCCUCCCCCCAGGGUUACGAGAAAUCCCGCAGCCUGAGCAGCAUCGCGGGCCUGAGCGGGGUGUCCCUGCGCCUCGCCCCCCUUGCCACUCCCCCUGGCUCUCCCAGGGCCGCCCGCCGUGCUCCCCCAACCCUGCCCUCCAUCCUCUAGAGCUCCCCUCCUUCCCGUGGGGGGACUCGGGGGUGACAGGGAAGAAGGUCAAAGGAGCUGGGGGUGGGG